UCAAAUUGCACAUGGCCAGGACCAGUAAGAUGUGAAUGCCGUUGGCGGUAGCAAUUUUAUAUGCUGCAAAUAAGUUGGCACUGGCGCCGGCGCUGUUGCACACAAUGACCAUCAUCACGAUCCUUACUUGGAUAUUAGGAGGGGCACUAACGCUAGGGCUCGGUUUCAUUGUGAAGGAGUGGUUAUGGAACCCUCUGAUGCUAAUUGAAUUGUGCAAGAGGCAGGGAAUCAAGGGCUUCCCCUUCGUGCCUUUCGUUGGUCAGAUGCCAGCAAUCGAUGAGGUGCUUAGCGGAAGAAAUAGACGUGUUCAGAAGCAGGAUAACGACGAAGUUGAAGACGAAGAUAGGUUGACCGCAGUGACCAACUGCUACAGAAAUCAUGGUUCAACCUUCUACUUCACCGUAGGUAGAACAGUUAGAUUGAGCAUCGCCGAUCCUCCAUUGAUCAAGGACAUUUUGAUCGCAAAUUCAGAAUCCUACAGUAAGCCCCUCCAUAUCAGAAAGCUGGGGGUUCUUGGAGACGGGAUCUUUGCCUCCAGCGGUAGCACUUGGUCUCCACAACGGUCGCUAUUUACUGGAGCUUUCCAUACUAAGGAAGUGAAGAGCAAAAUACCGACAAUGAUCGACUGUGCCCAUUCUGCUGUCGAAAAGUGGUCAAGAGAGCUUAAUGAUGGGUAUAGUGAGCUAGAUAUGUACCAAAAGUUCGCUGAGUUGACCUUGGAUGUAAUUGGAAAAACUGCCUUUGGGACAGAAGAAAUCGGUGGGGCUUCGGAGGCCGCCUCGGUCAUUGGAAGCUUUAACCGAUACCUCCUGUAUUGCCGAGAGCUUGUUUUCGGCCCUCCUGCUACUUUUCCAACAUCUUUACGCUAUGUUCAGAGGAAACACCUUGUCUCUAGGGGCAUUGCGGCUGAAGCAAAAUGGCUUAGGACUUACAUGGGGCGCAUCAUCAGUGCCAGAAGAAACUCUCAUCAUUCAGGAGCUGCUGAAACGGUCUCUGAUAGGCAUGACUUGCUGGACGUGAUAAUAGGCGCUGUUGACAACAUUGGACAUUCGGAAGAAGGCGCCAAGAAGGCGCUUAACGAAGCUCCAGAUCAGACCAUAAGUGAGAAAAGAAAAAGAGCAGCUGAGAUGACGAGGCUUACUGAGAAGCAACUCCUUGACAACGCUCUUACAGUCCUUCUCGCAGGUCAUGAAACCACAGCCAGCUUGCUCACAUGGACCAUCUACCUGCUGGCGAAGCACCCACUUUGGCAGAAGCGUGCGAGAGCUGAAGUUGAGGAGUUUUGUCCCGGUGGUGUUGUAGAACCGCAAGUAUUGAGUCAUCUGAAAUUGCUUGGCAUGAUAUUGCUGGAGUCCUUGAGGCUGUUCCCUCCAGUUCCUCUCAUAGGUAGGAUGUGUAUAAAAGAUAACAAAGUCGGACCGGAUCUUCUAAUACCAGAGGGUUUGGAGAUAGUUAUACCAGUUGCAGUGUUACACAGGGAUAGGACUAUAUGGGGAGAUAACGCUGAUGAAUUUGCUCCAGCAAGGUUUGGGAAUGGCAUAAGUGGGGCUUGUGGAAACCCGUUGGCAUUUUUACCUUUUGGAGCUGGCCCUAGAACGUGCAUCGGCCAAACUCUAGCUCUUUCUGAGGCCAAGGCUGUGUUAGCAGUCAUGUUACCCUUGUUUAGUUGGAAGCUCAGUACAAGUUACCGCCAUAGCCCUGAUGUUACACUGACCAUGAUGCCAGAAUUUGGCAUGCCCGUGGUAUUGGAAAAGAUAGAAAAGUGAAGGCCUGUGGAGUUCGAUUUCUUUUUGGGCCUUGGUGAUAUCAAGGUUUCCAGUUCAAUUAUGAUACAUAGCACAGCACCUUUCUUGCAAUUCAAUGUUCGAACUAUUCAAGCUUAGGUGAUAGGUUUAUUCAAUAUUCUAUUUCUGAACGGCACACUCCUGGAAUUUGGAGAGUGUUGUGUUUUGUAUUGAUAGGUAUUGGCCAUCGGUGGCUUUAUAUCACUGUUGAUAGUUGCUAAAGGUAAUCACCAGCAGUACGUCGAGCAUUCUGAA